AGAGUUUCCAGAAAGGUUCUCCCCACGAAAAUAAUAUGAAAACUAUACGCCGAAAGCAACAUUCAACGUUCCACCAGAUUUAUAAAUGUAAGCUUUCAAUAACCCAUUUCUUCGUCUUCUUCGAUUGUCCUUAGAUUUUUCUUCUUUCAUUUUCGCGAGAAAAUCGCAAGUGGGAAAAUGGGUCUUUUUGAUCUUGAGGAGCACUUUGCGUUCUACGGAGCAUACCACAGAAACCCAGUUAACAUUCUGCUACACACCUUGUUUGUGUGGCCCAUAUUUUUCACUGGUCUUAUUCUUUUCCACUUCACACCUCCUCUCUACGAUCUAUCGCAUAUUGGGUUCGUCCCAUCAGCGUUUCUUGAUCAAGGCUAUGUAUUGAAUUUCGGUUUCUUGUUUGCUCUGUUCUACGGUUUGUUCUAUAUGUGUUUGGAUAAGAAAUCUGGGUCUUUCGCUGCUUUGCUGUGUCUUGCUUGCUGGGUUGGUGCCAGCUCUGUCGCUAUGAGGCUUGGGUUCUCACUUGCUUGGAAGGUUGUGUUGGCUUCGCAGUUGUUCUGUUGGACAGGACAGUUUCUAGGCCAUGGAGUGUUUGAGAAACGGGCUCCUGCUCUCUUGGAUAACCUUGUUCAAGCCUUUCUGAUGGCACCAUUCUUUGUAUUGCUGGAGGCUCUGCAAAUAUGCUGCGGCUAUGAACCAUAUCCGGGGUUUCAUGAGCGCGUAAAAGCAAAAAUUGUAGCUGAUGUUAAGGAAUUCGAGGACGGAAAGAAAAAGAAAAGUUCUUAGCUGAAAUUGUAAGUUUGGAUAUGUAGCUCAUUAAGUAACUCUGGAUACAAAAUGAAAAGAUAUCUCGUAAGUUUCCACGUGUUGUGUCAAAUUAAGCCGCAGGCUCCACUGGUGGUGUUGCCUUUCCGUCAAACCAUAGCCAUGUAUUAUGUACCAACUAAAUAGCAGGAAUACAUUUUGUUCUUUAUGUUCAAGGCAUGUUUUCUUGUGGAAUGUGUUGGAGAUAUUACUUCUCAUGUAAUUGUGUAUUGUUAACCUGGUAAGCAUGAA